GCAAGUGCAAUCAGGUGACAGCAGACUGAUGGCGAAUGGUGUCACUUGUAAUUGUAACGAGAUCGACGUCACUCUCGUUAGUUGACGUAAGGACGAGCGUGUUUUGUAUUUCGUCGCACGGUAAAAGCACCAUCAUGUGGCACAAGAGUAAUGUUUGUAUUGCGAGUUUCGGAAGUUUGUGCGGCCAACAUUAGGGAGAGAUCAGCGAUAAGCUCGACUUCCUCUUCGUAAUGCCAAUGAUAUCGAUGUAUGUAUCAAGCAGUUAGCAGUUCGAACGACGAGCUCAUGCUGCUCGACGAGUUCACAUAAUUCGCAGGCGACGUUCGUCGUAGCUGUAGAAACUCGCGCCGUCCUCCGAUCCUGUCAAGCGGGAUGAACAUGAACAAGAGCCAUGCGAACAGGAAGCUGAACCAGCUGCCAAGUUGGCUGUGGACCAACUCGACCACCCUGCCGCCGGUCUACAAGAUGGUAUGGGAGGCGGUGCGGGAGGACCGGGUCAGGUCGAACGGCAUGCAGGCCGAGCUGCUCGUCGACACCAACAAGGUGUUUCCACUGUUGCUCACCAGCCAUCUGCCUACGGAGGUGCUCGGUCACAUAUGGAGCCUGGCCAAUCAGAAGUACGCUGGGCAGCUGACCGAGCAGGAACUGUACGUGGUCCUGGCUCUCGUGGCGGCAGCCCAGACAUCCUACACCUUCAACAGUCUUGAUAUCUUGCACUUACUCCCCUUUCCACCAACGCCCUACCUGAACAUUGAUUGCCUGAUGAAUCUGCAGCCUGCUGCGCAGGCAAACGCACCGAAACCUCAUUAUCACGAGGAGAGCAACGACAUGGUUGCGGAAGGGAAAUACAUUCCUGAGAUUAAGGGAAAAGCGAAAGUCAGAACCCAAGUAAACGCAGUGCCUGAUACAGGCGUACCCUUCCUCGGCGGUACGCUUGUCGGAAAAUUGUCCUGCUUUGACGGCAAGAUUCAGCAGAUGUCUGGUGCGACUGGAAGUAAUAAUGCCAAUAAUCUGUUUAGAGAAGCAAGACAAAAUCCACGUGCUCAACCCGCUGACGUUCCGUCUGUCGUGUCGUCGUCUCUGGACGAAUCCUGUGACGAGUUUACGGAGUUUCAAAGCGCCCCGAUCCCGAGCGUCUCCGCCAUCCCGAUCUGGGACAGCAAGCAGGGUUCCGCGAUCGGCAGUAGACUCGCUAAUCACAAUCUAGGUGUAAAGAAAACGGUCGACAGAAUCAAGAAAACCGCUGCCACAACAAAACCGCCCGUGCACAUUAACGCACAGAUUCGCACGUCCGCACCUACGAGCUUACCCUAUCAGAGCAAGGAUCAGUCCAUCCUGGAGUCCACGUCCGACCUGUUUCCUAAGUGCGGAAUAAAGAAUCAGUCUAAGACCGUGAUACUCAAGGACACGGUAAUCAGAAAUAACGACACGCCGAAGGAUUACAGCGACGGUUUUAACAAUUUGGCGGGUACGCCGGAGCCAAUCGGCGGCAGCGAUAAAGAGGUAUUGCCUAGAGUGGAAUUAGCAUCGAAGGCUGUAGAAGUUUCUAAUUCUGUUCAGCAAGACUUAAUGAGUUUGCAACAAGUCGAGGACAAGUACAGCGCGUUGCGCGAAUUGGUUCAGGAAGCGCCUGUUAUUACGAGCGACGCGAGCUUAGAUUUGACUUUCAAUAAUCAGUCGGCUGACGAGUUCGGGGAGUUUAUGUCGGCGGAGCAAUCACCCGCUAAUCCCUCGACGUCAGACGCUUUGGACAUUGAAAGUUUUAGCGAUAUGUUUGCGGAUUUUGAGUUCAAAACGCACGCUAAUGCUGAUAACAGUAACAUAGCAGAUCUAAACUUUGUAUCUGAGGUGUCUGAUUCGUUUAACAAUUUAAAACUUGAUGACGGAAUUGAAGUGCAAUUGGUAGGAACAGGAAAGAAUGUUCAAAAAGAGGAUGCUAUUUCCAUAAAUAGUAUAGAAUUGAUUAGCGGUACAUCCGAAGCACUGCCACGUUCUGGAUCUGUGCCUAGCUUAGAUCUUAAAUCAUUUUUGCCUUCUAACAUAGAGGAAGAUCAAAUUAUAGAAGCUCCACAGCAGACUGUGUAUUGGGAGUGGAAGCAAUAUAUGGAAAGUUGUGUUUUACUAUUACAAGUUGCAGCCAAUAUAUUUACUAAUAUCACAUCAGAAUUGGUUUUGCAGGAAGUUUUAAAUUCAGACCAGGGAUACAACUUUCUUUGCCAAUUAGCUGAAGUUGCAGCUGUUUGUAGACGUGUUAAUUUUUCAUACAAAGAAUUGGAUAUAAACAUUAUUGGAUUUGAUGAUCUUUUAAUGGACAUUGAUCGGAUCUGGGCUGAAAUGGAACCAUUUUAUGCAAACAUACCAAUCGUCACUGAACUACCAGCUUGGCCAUUGCAUCAGGGAGAUUGUGUGUCUUGUUCCCUGUGCUUAACAGUUAUUACGAGUGGCCGAGUUGUGUAUAACGAUAAUAAUUAUCAUGUAACAUGCGCAAAUUUGUGGCUCAAUUGCGUAAACAAUCAAUUGCCGGUGAUGCGGUAUUCUUUAUUUUGUCAAUCGACUAUAUGUCCAGGAAGUCACAUUUAAGUGCUGAUUUGCACGUAUGCGUGCGCGCGCGCGCAAACACAGAAAGUGUUUCCAAAUUCAAAUUAAAAAUAUACUGUUCAGAUCUUAUUAACGUAAUGCAUAGGAAUUCAUACUAAAAAUAAUUUUUAAAAGUGAAAUUCUGCAACAAUUUGCAUUUAAUCUAGUAAAGUCACACAUAUGUAUAUAAACAAGGUACACAGAUUUAAUAAUAUAAAUUAUUUAUUAAACUUGUACUUUUUAGAGAUUGUUAAUAAUAGACAUGCGAUAUUACAUUAAAUUGGCCGUGCAGGAAUAUUUGUAUAUACUUAGCUUAACAAAAAUGAACAAUGAUUGUAUUUCGACUGGUCUAUUUAUAAUGCAUUUAUAAUGCAGUAUUAAGAAAAAUUUAAUAUGUACAUCUUAGAAAAAGAUCUCUUAAAUAAUUAACGUUGACUCGUAUCGCGCGGCCUAUAUACUAUUCCUCUGCUCUUCAUUUCUCUGAUUACGCCAGCAGGUAAUCGUCCUGAUACUGAUAUGGCGUAGACGCCUUUACAAAAUCGAUCUGAAAGUAGAAUCUCCAAAUCAACAUUGAUCAUUAUCGACUUGUAAUUAGACUGAGAUACAAUUUUAAUUCUGAAGAAAUUUGAACAGCAUUUUGCUUAAACAAAUCUUUAUAGUAUAUAUACGCACAUAAAUAUGUUCCUAGAUAAAUACAUAUUGGUAUUUGUAAGAGUAAUAAUAUGUCUGUAUAAAUGUAUUAUACGUUUAAAAUUGAAAAAA